AUGUCGUCUAACUCAGAGACACAAUUUUCAAAUUCUUCUGAGAAUCGGCGGCGUUGGGAACACGUUUCAUUCAUAUAUGGAGAAGUCAAAAAUUCUACAGGACAGAAAACAAUUUCUGACACUAUUGAAGAAGCUGUACACGAAAUAGUUAAAGGAGGCAUUGUUCUUGAUAAAGAACAUGAAGCUCGAUGGUUAGCUGCAGGAUUACCAAGUGUCAAGCAUUAUGCUAACAGUUCAACCCCAUAG